AUGCCAUUUGUUCCAUGCCAGCAGAAAUGAGGUCUUUAUAAGGCCAGUCUCUCCCUCUCAGAAGCCACACAGAAGAGGGACCUGUGCAAACUUGAAUACUAUCAAGGUUAUAACCAACUGUGGCAGCCAUGGCAUUGAUGGGUACUCUGAGGUGUCUGGUAGCUGUGAUGAUGUUUGUGUGCGCAGCCAGUGCACAACUAGAGACGAGAGUUAGCUUCCCCCCGGGCCGGCCCACCUCAGAAAACAUCCGUAACAUCUGCCUCCAUGGCAACGCCAGGCCUCGGUACCCUCUGACAGACCUGCCUAAUGGAGGCCACGGCACCGUGAGGCGCGAGGCGGACGUCAUCCACCGCACCGAGGCCUGGUACAGCCAGCAGUGUUGCCAGGGCGACUGGGAGAAGAACACCAGGAAGGCAGUGUGCUGUGCGCUUCAUGCAUGGAAGAAGACAAUGGACAUCCUGUGUGAAGAGGAGUCGAUGAUUAAGACUCAGCAGCGCUCCUGCUGUCAGGUGCAGGGUAAGGAGAGGAGGGACUGCUUCGCUGGGAAGGCCCCCAACCCCUCCUACCUGCCGCCCUCCAGCCCCUACACGGGCCCCAACGUCCUGCCCCAGGGGCCCGCCUUCGUCCCCCCAGGCACCUGCUCCACAAUGCUACAGCAGAAGAAUUAGAAUGGAGGAACUUUAUUGAUCACAAGGACGCUUUGCCUUGCGCUUUACCUUGAGGCUUUACCUGUAGUUCAUGACAGUACAUCAGUCUGAUUUUUUUGUUGUUGGUCUGACUUUCUCGUCCCGGGUUUCCCAUGAAGAAACAACAAGGGAACUCAAGAACACAAAUACUGCUAGAUUUUUACAAAACAAUUGGUUGUAUUAUAUUUUGACCAGAAUACGUAUACAUAUCAUGUAUAUUAUCACCAGAAUAUGUUUUUAAAAAUGUAUAUUGUGACAGAGUGACAUCCUCCAAUGCAAUGAUUCUGUUAUCUGGUGAUAGCCAUAUUUGUAGAAAAGAAGAAAAACCAUGCCUGAAGUUGAACAGAUUGUCUACUUUACACACCCAUAUCUGUACCUUCAUCCCAUUUGCAAUCUGUAUUGCAUGCCAUUUCUUCGUUGGUAUGUUUGAAUUCUGUCUUUUGUAUGUAAUUGCUCAUAAGUGUUGCACUAAACGCAAUAAAUAUAUUUUAAAA